UCUUCGCUGAAUCUAGUCACGGUGAAAAUGUAAAAGCAAACGAAGGCAGCUACUUUAAAUCGUUUUGUUUUUGCAUUAUCUCUUUGGCGCGCCAGCUUUAAAAAUGGGAAAGGAAGUGGUCGGCAGUAGCCCGUCCGGGUUAUGUUCCCCGUUUUGCCGCAUCUGUGUAACGACCACCAACGUGAGCUACGACAUUUAUGAGGCGAAGCUAGACGACAGCGAGCUGAUUAGCCUACACACAAAGCUGAACGGCCUCUUCCCGACCAUUUUCAACGAUGAGCAGGCGGCGAGCGAACAGGCAAUAAACUGGCCCUCGAAAGUGUGUUCGGAGUGCAUGCGCUCGGUUACAGAGGCCUACGGAUUGCAUGAGUUGUGUUUGAAAAGCACCGACCGGCUGAAGAAGCUGUUGUGUGAGGAUAGCACUGCUGCACAAACCGAAAUGGAUGUCGUUAAGGUGGAGCAGAUCUAUCUUUCCGUAAAAACGGAGUUUCGAGAAAGCGAUUGUGAACAGGAACAAUCAACAAUGUCUCCAGAAUGCCGCAAGCGGACUUUCGGUAAUCGCCAGGCUUUAUCCCCUAACCGAAGGAAUACUAAAUCAACGAAAAAUAGUUUUGCCAAUGAAAAAGGGCAAAAGAAGCAAACGUUGAGAAAAAGGGGUAGACCGGCCAGGCGCAAUGUUUCGCCCGACAUAAACAUUACGGAAGGAAGCCCUGCUGGAUCAGCUAUAUGCAAAGAUUACCAAUCGGAAGCUGAGGGCAGUUCCGUGACAGAUACUCUUGAGACAGCACCCACUAAGAAACAGCGUGGUGCAAUCCGACAGCCGAAAGAACCUAAAACGUGUUCACCUAAGCCAACAAAAAUUUGCGCAGAAAACGAAUCAGACAAGGCCGGUGAACCGGAGAGUAAAAUAGACCUGUACCGCUGUCAGCUUUGCGAUGGGCCGACAUACACGUCUCCAACGGACCUGACGGAACAUUUGAAAGAGACGCACCCGGACCAGAUCCGUUCGUGUGAGCUGUGUCCCAAGGUGUUCAUGAACGAGUCGACGUUCCAGCACCACCAGUAUUGUCACGCAACGAUGCGAUCCCACUUCUGCACCUUCUGCGACAAGGGUUUCCAGACGGCCGAUCUAUUGAAGAGUCACAUACGUAUGCAUACGCACCGUGGCGAAUAUCUGUGUUCGCUUUGUGGCAAAGAGUUCAAUAAUAAAAGUAAUCUGCGGCAGCACUUGAAGCGUCACACGGGGGAUAAACCAUGGGCAUGUAGCCAGUGUCCGGGCAGGUUCACCACAAAGGGUGGAUUAACAUCGCAUCAACAUACACACACGAAAGUAAAGGCGUUUAGUUGCGACACGUGCGGAUCUCAGUUCAACAAACAUUACUCGCUGAUUAAACACCAGUUGAUCCACACAGGAACUCGUCCUUACAGCUGCGAGGUUUGCGCGAUGAGGUUCACAUCUUCAUACCACGUUAAGCGUCACAUGCGCACGCACACUGGAGAAAAACCCUACAAAUGCACGUACUGUGAGCGUAGUUUCGCGCAGAGCAAUGACAUGGUAAAACAUAUGCGUAUGCACGUUGGCGACAACCCGUACCAGUGCGAUCGUUGCGAUGCGUCCUUUCGGUUGUUGGCGGAUUUGAGAAACCACUACCAGGAGCACUAUCAACCGGGGGAGAAGGCGCCGGAAGCUUCCUCUGCGGAUGAUGAAGCAGGAAUACGUUUUACCAGCACCGACAUACUAAAGCUGCGAUAUCGCAAAGAAAUGGCCCAGAGCAAUCUGGACUGUAACGAUGGGAAUGCACCGGUAGUUGUCGGAAAGUAACGAUGGAAGUUGCACAGUAUCUAAGCCAUUCCGGGAUGAUUAGUAGUUGCGCCACACCUUGCGUAAGUGCUUGUCUUUCUUACUUUUAGGCUUAACUUACCAUCCUCGGUCAUGCCUACCUAUGAAGGAACUACAAUACUUUCCCCUUCGGGUGUGUGGAUAGUCCGUCAUAUCCUACACGGUGCCUAAGGGAUGCCUCAUCUAUAAUGAGCCAGUUUUCUAUCUGGCAUAACCGCACGACUGUAUCGGGCCGUAUUUGUCUUUCUUUAAAUUUUAAUUAUAAGUUCAUCUGUAUGACUCUCAAAUGUAACAGUGCAGCUAUUUUUUUAAAAUUAUAAAAUAAAUAUGUCAAUGAUACCAACUGGUGAA